AUGCAACAAGAGUUAGCAGAAGAUUUCGACGAAUUCCAAACUCUUCUCAAAGAAUCGAAAAUUGAUGGUAUCGCCAAAACGCUCAAUGCAAUCGUUGGAGCAUCCCUUGCCUAUGAUGAAGACUUUGUGAUAGCUGGAAAAGCUGUCAAAGCAUUGGCCACCUAUAUCGACAAAUCUGGCAUCUACAAAAAUCACUUUUUGAUGAAAAAGUUACGCCAAGGGCUUGACUCCUCGGCGAAGAUCCUAUUGGCUCGUGAAAUUGGGUUCUCCUUCAAGCCAUCACAAUUUUCUCUGAAUUGUCUGAUUGCUUAUUCAGAAGUGGACACAGAUCAAUUGGUUAUAACGAAAACGUUUGAAAAACUAACCCUUCCACAUCCUAUGGCUUUCGGGAAAAAUGGAUUCGGAAAAUUGGGGACUGGAGAUGACAGUGAUGCAGAAGUGUUAAGAAAAAUUGAUCUAGAAGAUUCGAUUUAUAAAGUUUGUAUUGGAAAUGAGCACACAAUGUUUCUGACCAUUGACGGAGAUUUCUACGGCGCUGGGAAGACCCAGAAUUUCAAAAAUUUGGAUGACUCAAAGAAUGGUGUGAAACCAUGGAAGCUAGAUUACAUUCACGGUUUGGCUGAUGACGCAUCACAAGAUUUUUUCAUAAGAGAUUCCAAGACGGUGUUCUAUGGAUGUCGUCGUAAUUAUUCGGAAAUCGAGAGAUCCGAUGGAGGGAUUACAUUGAAAGAGAAGAAGUUGAAUAAGUUGAAUACGUGGGUGGCAGAUGGAAGGGAUGUGUUACAUGAGGACCCUGCAAAUCCCUCUCUCCCUGUCGUCGUCACCGUCACCAACCACCUUGGAAAUCCUGAAAAAAUAGACAUCUACCCAGAACUCCUAUGUGGCUGCUUUGACUCUGGCCUUCGUUUGGAUAUCGUUUGGAUCGUGAAUGGAGUAUUGAUUCCAAGAGAUAAAAUAAAAAAGAAGGCGUAUUUCGCGACUACGGGAAUCGUUUGGGUCCAUGAUCAGAAUACUCUAUAUCGAGGCCGAAUACAAAUAAUUCGGACUGAAGAUUCUGGAACUCAUUUGAUAGUUUCUUUGCAAGAAGUGCAGCUUAUGUAUUCUGUCCACGGAUUCGCUGUUUCACCGGACGGAGAGUCUGUGAUUAUUUGGCCCCCAUACGUAGACCCCCAACCUCCAAAAGUUCUCCACCCAAAUAAAUUGGGUAAUAAUGUCAUCAAAGAAUUUGAAUGUAUAGAUCCUAAUCCACCACUAAAACUGUCUUGUCAAAUACCUGGUCUCUUCGAAGCUUGUUACGCAGAAUUCAAACACUCAAUAGACAAAUUGUGGCCUGGGAAAAUAUACACCUAUACUGGAUACCCUACAGCUCUUGGAAUGCGCUUGAUUCCCCAUUUGAGAAGACUUCAAGUUUUCCUGAUGGACGAGAGACCGUGGAGCAUGUACGAUAGAAAUGACCAUCGUAUUCUGGGUCCGGAUAUCCUCCCAGUCGUGGUACAAGCUGGAUGGAGUCCAAGUAUAAGGGGAGAGCGAGUAAAGCAAAUAUUGGAAAAAGAGAGACAGAUGCUGAAUUAUAUCAACCAGAAUAUCGCCUGCAUAUGCGAAGAGUUUCGAAAAGGGCGGAGAAAUAAUAAGCGAAUGUAUGAAGUCAAGAAUCGAAUUUACGAAUUGAUAAUGGCUUGUACGGAAUGCAAUCAAGAACCGAAUCGAUUCGUACCUGAAAUCGGUAUCGAAAAAGUUACAGGAUGUAAUUUGGAAGUUAAGGAUAUUGGAAAAGCCUUCUAUUACAAAGCGGAAAAGAAAGAAAUUGAUUCGAAGAACGAGAGAUUCAAAAUUCUAAGAGUUGAAGCUGUUGAUCAUGUUCUAAGGGGUGAAGAAACAUUGGAUUACAUUCCAAGAAUGAUGUUUUCUACUCGUGAGCAUGUCAAAAUGGUCGAUGAGGAUCUUUUGAAGUUUAUUGAUGGGGAUGUGUUGAAUUUGAAUCAAGUUUCAACGAGAGACUACAAUGAGCUGGUUGAUGAGUUUUUUGCAACGGAGGAUGAAAAUGAUAUGGAAUCUAACAAAAAUGAUUCGCUGAUCUUACUUGGCUUCCAUUCUUUUACGAAAUUUCGAACCACAUUAAAAAAAUCAUCGCCUGUAAAUGACUCUUGCAGCCCAACAUGUACCAAUUCCACUCCUACACCAGUCUGCCCUGAAAUGUAUCUUAUCGCUACGAACGACGCUAAACUCUGUUCAGUACCAAGAAUACUAUUUGAAGCUCACUCAGCUGGAUACGAUGGAAUGAGAUUAAGAGGUGCAGAGAGGAAUAAAGAAUAUCCGAAUUUCUUCAAACUGGAUGCAUAUUAUGAAACCAUAGAACACUUGAAAUUGGCAUUGAGAGACUCUAGAAACUUGAAGUUUUUCAGUCAGGAGCAGCUACUCAAUCUUCUUGACGUCUGUCGAUACUGCCUUUUUGAUGUUUUGAUCAAUAAAAUCAUCUGGAAAAUUGUACAAAAAACUGAGGAAAGCUGCCCGGAAGCUCUUCGAAAUAUUUUCUUCUACCAUCCAGACAUCACUAGCGCUGUCGUCGGAAAAGAUCGUCCGGAGAUUAUUCUGGCUUGGAACGGCCUUCAGGAUAUUGCCUCUUUCUCACAGUGCUUGUUUUUACUCGGCCAGGCAUUGCAUCACUUUCAUUUUCAACCUUCGGAUGGUACUCCUCUUCCAAUGUUGGCACCAGAAAAAAUCAAUAAUUGUCCACCGAUAGAAGUGCUGAAACAAGUUUUGAUGGCUGGAGAAACUGAUAAGAUUGUUUUGGAAGAUUUUGAGGAAUCUUAUGCUAUCUGGAGUGGACAACCAACUCAAGACUGUUGCAAGACAGAACUGGAAUAA